CUAUGGCAGACUGUGCUGCCGUUGGAAAAUAAAAAUGAAAAUGGAGAGAGAGAGAGGGAAGCUAGUGUACAAGGUGUACAGAGCCUUGAGCUACGGUCUAUCACCGCUGCUACACCUCCACGUACGGUGGCGCAAAUUCCGAGGCCUCGAACACCCUCUCCGGUGGCCGGAGCGCCUCGGCCGCCCUUCUCUCCCUCGCCCUCCUGGCCCCCUGCUCUGGUUCCACGCCGUCUCCUUAGGUGAAGGAAUGGCUGCAAUUCCUGUGGUAAAAUGCUGCAUUGAGCGGAGGCCGGAUAUAAACAUCUUGAUGACAACAACAACUCUGUCUGCAUUUGAAGUAAUAAAGAAUCAGCUUCCAAGUGGUGUCUUAUAUCAGUUUGCCCCACUUGAUAUACCUGCUGCCAUGGAUGCUUUUCUUGGUCAUUGGAAGCCAAAUGCGAUCAUGCUAAUGGAGAGUGAACUUUGGCCAAAUCUGAUUAUGUGUGCCUCCAAAAAUGGUAUUGCAUUGGCAUUGUUAAAUGCUCGGAUGUCUACAAGAUCCUUUAAUGGUUGGUCUGGACCUCUAGUUCUUCCGCUGACUUCAUUAAUGCUGUCAAAAUUUUCCUUGAUUGCCCCAUUGAGCACUACGCAGGCAAUACGAUUCCAGCUGCUGCAAGCUCCCCCAUCUAUCAUUAACUUUUCUGGUGACUUGAAAUAUGUUGUAGAAGAAGCUUUAUUUGGUCAAAGCUUAUUUUGGGUGACUAUUCUUUCUCAUCCAGCAACAGAAGCAUUUGACUUGUCCAACAAAGACAAGAGAAGCAUUGAAAAUCUGCAGUUACAGCUUGCUCCUAGACGGGUUUGGAUGGCUUCUUCCAUACAUAGGGGUGAAGAAGAAGUAAUGCUAGGAGUUCACAAAUUGCUAAAGUUAGUGCAUCCUGAUGUUGUCACAAUUAUUGUACCUCGACAUCCACAACAUGGACAAGAGAUUGCUCUGGAAUUGCAGAAAGAGGGAGUGAGUGUAGCGCUAAGGUCUCGUGAUGACAAACUUAUGCCAGGAACAAAUAUAUAUGUGGUGGACACAUUAGGUGAACUAAGAGAUUUUUAUAAGUUAACUCCAAUAGCUGUAAUUGGAGGUUCUUUCUUGCCUGAUUUGACCGGCCAUAACAUUUCAGAAGCUGCUGCAGCUGGCUGUGCGGUUUUGACUGGUCAUCAUGUUGGACACUUUGCCCACAUGGUACAGGAAAUGCAGCGGUUAAAUCCUUUAUCAGUUCUGCAGGUUUCUGGAAAACUAGAGCUUGAAAAAGCUCUCUGUGAAUUCUUCAGUAACACAGCAGUGCUCGAAGCAAGGCGUGCAGCUGCAAGACAAGCAUUUCAUGCUUUGUCAAGUGGGAUUAUUGAAAACAUUUGGAAUAUAUUACAUUUCCAUGUUUUCAGAAAAGCUUUGAGUUAGAGGUGAAAGCUGGUGGCUACAGAAAAAGUAAAAGAACAGGUGAACAUGCUACUGCUAACUUGAUAGUCCAUCAGGAAGAGAACUAUGACAACCGCAGAUGAUAUAGUGAAACGGUAUUGCCUCAGCCACAACCUAUGCAGCUGUUGCUCUCUUAUGUUGGAAUUCUCAUAAAGCCAUACAGAAGUAGUUGAGUCCCCUCACGAGCUUAAAGCCAGCUUCUUUUCAGCAAAAUGGCAAGCGAUCACUAGGUAUAGCGAACAGAUCAUCCUUAUUUGAACAUGUCAUACUCUUUGUAUGCUUGGUCUGAGAAGCUUCCGGAAAACUGGAUGGUUCAGGUAAUCUGCACAUUAUAACAAACCUCCUGCCAGCUUCCCCGACUGUCACAGCUAGGCGAGGUGGAAGAAUGUCCCAGGGUGAUUUAUUCUCCCCAACACUUGCUAGUUUGCACCACACAUUCUUUCGAGCUUCGCACUGUUACAGAUGCGAUAUUAGAUUGCCCUGCUGGAGAAGCCAUGAAAAUGACGUUUUAGGUUUUUUUCUUCAGAUGUUGAGGGUGAACUUGGGCACAUUAGGCUGUGUUUGAAUCGUGAAUUUAAGUAGAGAUUUGUGAAAAGAAAAUAAAUGAGGGAAAUUAUUUCUUUUAUGACAGGGCCCACCAUUUGAUAUGUAUGAUCAUGAUUAUUUUAUAUAUGUUAGUUUUGUAAUUGAUUGUGUUUGUAAACUCUGUUGAUUUACAAAUGCUUGUUGAUAGGCCACCAAAUCACAUAGAAGGGGUUAACAAUUUGCUCAAAUUGUGCCCACUUCUGACUUGUAAAUAUAAAUGUUGAUGCCAAACCAAUGAGUCACCCACUUUUUCUUAUGUGAUCAAA